AUGCGUGAGUUCAGAAACAAAGAACUACGGAAAAUAGUUGUCAACAUGGGAUAUGCACUAACAGAGGCAACAUUUAACUACUACAGGGGCGAAAUACGAAGAACAAAUAGAGCAGCUUUGGAGUGGCUAGACAAUAUUCCCAGAGAGAAGUGGUCGAGGGCGUUCGACGGAGGACGGCAGUGGGGACACAUGACAACAAAUUUGGCCGAAGCUCUGAACUCGAUACUUAAGGCUACCCGAAGCCUUCCUAUUACAACAUUGGUCAAGUCAACGUACUAUCGUCUGGGAUUGCUGUUUGGAAAACGAGGACACGAUUGGACAAAACUAUUGGCAUCCGGUCAAACUUUCACGGAAAACUGUAACAAGGGAAUGGAUGACGAAACGAUUAAAUCUAGCAGCCAUAAUGUCAUUUAA